CUGUAGCUUGCAACUUCCUGACUUCUUCUGUCCUAUUCUAAGGAACAUUCAUUUCAUUCAACUGAUUUGGACAAACCGUGCAAAGAUGGGGUGUUCGUUUGGGGUCCUUCUGCUUCUCCUGUGCGCUCUCUCCUUAGGAAGCUGCAACCUGAUCCAGUUUGCAGAUAUGGUCCGCCAGCUGACUGGGAGGCUGCCCACUCUCUUUUACAAUGGGUACGGAUGUUACUGUGGACUUGGAGGAUCCAGAAAGCCCAUGGAUGAAACUGACUGGUGCUGCCAUACCCAUGAUUGUUGCUAUGGAAAGUUGGAAAGACUGGGUUGCAAACCCAAACUAGAGCUUUAUAACUACUUUGUUGGGAAGAGCGGAAUCUUCUGUGGUGGAAGGACAAUGUGCCAGAAGAUGACCUGCGAGUGUGAUAAAGUAGCCAGCUUCUGUUUCCGAAAAGCCACCUAUCACAUCAAAUAUGCCUUUUACCUAAACAUUCUAUGUAGAGGCGCCACGCCUCCUUGCUAGGAUCCUGGAAAGGCUGCUUUCUCAACUGCCUUCCUGAAGGUGGUGCAGUUAAACAUAUCCUCUUGCUCCUCUUGCUCAAUGUUUAUUUCAUCCCAUCAUUUCUUGGAGUCAACCUUGCAGCGCCAAUGUCAUCACCUGACACACUUGAGAUGCCGUGGGGGCCUCAACAACUGGGCAGGUCGCACCACUCCUACCUCUCCUGGGCCUCCAGCACCUGGCAACUUGGCCUGGGAGGUGCUCACCAUUUUUAUUUCCCACAAUGCCCUUAGUGUUGUGUCACUGCAGGGUAUUGUUGGAAAUUUCAAGGACAGCUUCUCCACCUCAAGUGAGGCCCCCUCAGACUUGGAAUUGACCCUACCACAUGAUCUGGCCUCAACCCCAAACUCGUUUUUCAAGUGACUUAAUGAUGAAUUGUUUGUUCUUAUAAAUGCUUGUAAGCCAUCCUG